AGUGAUGGGAAGCGGAAAGGAAUGAGCAACCAGCGGGAGCACCCAAAACAAAACACCUGGAAGCUGCAGAGGAGGAGGCAUCGGGGGAGUCCUCCUGCCCGAGGAGGAGGGGGCCAGAUGGGGAAGGAGAAGAACUGAGCAGUAAAAUGAAUACAUUGGGAGAACGAGAUCAGUUUCUGCAGGACACCGAAAGCAAAGGUUUCCUGAUGUUAUCAUGAAGAAGGAAGAGGAAGACUCACACCCUCAGUGCUCUGAGGGAAAUAAGAGCUUCCCAGGAGUCUCCUCAGAGUUUCCCAGUCCCAAAGUCAAUGGAACAUCCUGGCUUGAACAAGAAGAAAAACCAGCCGUUCCAGGUCAUCCACGACCGGAGGAAAAUGAGGUUGCCUCAGACAACAGCACAGGGCUCCCAGAUGUGAUCAUAAAGGUGGAACAAGAAGAGCCCAGCUUCUCAGAAUACCACCAAGAAUGGGAAGGAAAAGAGUCUAUUGCAGUUGCUGUCUCAGGAAACGGCCUGUCGAGCAAGAAUCUUCACCUCUGUGUUUCUGAGGAAGACGGCCCAAAUGGGACAUCGCUCAGAAGUGUCAAAGGGCUCAUUUCCAAGUGUUACGAGAAGGGAGAAACGUUGGAGGGUCAGGAUGGAGUGGAAAGGGAGGGCCGAAUCCAUCCAGCAAUGUUGGUGGAGAAGAAGAUGCCUCUUUGGGGGGAGGAUGACACGACCCGUGAUGGAAGCGAUGUACGUGAGAGGAUUUUCAAGUGCGGAAAGAUCCUCGUAUUGGAUUCAAACCUCGUGGUACAUGUGGGGGAGAAACUCCACACUUGCACGGACUGUGGGAAAAGCUUUCAUGAAAAAUCGAGCCUCGUUAGACACAAGAAGACCCACACAGGGGAGAAGCCGCAUACCUGCACAGAGUGUGGGAAAACCUUCAGUCUCAAGUCGAGCCUCAUUAGGCACCAGCGGACCCACGAAGGUGAGAAAGAAGGAAGUGGCUUUGGAUUAAGCGAGAACUCAGACCUCAGAGGAAAAAAGGGGACCCAUGUGAGGAAGGAACCCUACAGGUGUUUCACGUGUGGGAAGACCUUCAGAAAUAAGGCACACUUUAUCAUACAUGAGAGGACCCACACGGGAGAGAAACCAUUUCGGUGCCACGACUGUGGGAAGAGCUUCAGAAACUCCUCCCACCUUAUCCUGCAUAAGAGAACUCACACAGGUGAGAAGCCAUACAAGUGCUCCGUUUGCGGGAAAAGCUUCAAUCAGAGCUCGAAUCUUAUCAGACACGAGAGGACCCACACGGGGGAGAAACCAUACUCAUGCUCCGUCUGUGGGAAAAGCUUCAGCUGGGGACCCGAACUACAGAUCCACGAGAGAAUCCACACAGGGGAGAAACCAUACAAAUGCUCGGACUGUGAGAAAUCGUUCAGCAAUUACUCCAGUUUCAUAAGGCACAAGAGAAUCCACACGGGGCAGAAACCCUACCAGUGCUCCAAAUGCAGCAAGAGCUUCCACCAAAGUUCAGACCUCAGGGCGCACGAAAGAAGUCACCACCCGAGCAGGACUUUGUUGGAAGAUUACGGAAACGUCUUGCGUCCCCUCGAGGACAAGGGAACGCACACGGAAGACAAGCUGUACAAAUGCUCAGCCUGCGGGAAAAGCUUCAGUCGGAGGGCGCACCUCACAAGGCAUGAGGGGACGCAUAUGGCAGAGAAGCCGUACAAAUGCUCGCGCUGCGGGAAAAGCUUCAAUCAGACCUCCAACCUCAUUCGGCACGAGCGGACGCACACGGGAGAAAAGCCAUACGCUUGCGCCAGCUGCAACAAGAGUUUCAAUCGGAAAUCCCACCUCCUCCGACAUCAGAGGACCCACGUAGGAGAGAAGCCAUACAAUUGCUCUGACUGUGGGAAGAGCUUCAAUCGGAGGUCAAAUCUCAUCCGACACGAGGGAGGUCAUUCGGAGGAGAAAUCUCAGCUUUUCCCUCCAUGCGGAGAGAGCGCGAGCUUUGCUUUACAUCAGGAAAGCCACACAGAAGGAGAAAUGUGUGCAUCGUCAGACUAAGACUGUUAGAACAAGAGGGGUGAUGAUUAAUUGCUAUAAAUUAUUUGCUUCUUCCUCACCAGAGAGAGAAAGCUGACUAAUGCUCAUGAUUCCCUAGAAUAAAAGCCAU